AUGUCCAAUACCAAAUCAUUCAAGCCUGAGUUCCCCGCAGAUGCAGGGUCAAAAGAGUAUGCGGUGUCUCUCGACGCAGCAGACCCUCUGGCUUCAUUCCGUGAAAAGUUCAUUAUCCCUUCCAAAGCAAACAUCCAGAGCAAGAAGCUUGCAAAGCCUGGUCUUUCAUCAGAGUCGUGUAUUUACUUCUGUGGCAACUCUCUCGGUAUUCAACCGAAAGCCACAUCAAGGUAUCUGGAAGCACAGCUGGACACCUGGUCAUCAAUCGGUGUUGCCGGUCAUUUCGUAGACCUCGAGGACUCCCCUCUAAGGCAAUGGCAAUUACUGUCGGAACAAGCCGCAGGGUCGAUGAGUAAGAUCGUUGGAGCACAAGCAGAAGAAGUUGCAGCAAUGGGAACCCUAACAGCGAACCUCCAUCUCUUACUCGCAAGCUUCUAUAAGCCGACCGCGACAAAACAUAAAAUCUUGUUAGAUUGGAAGGCUUUCCCCAGUGAUCAUUACGCCAUUGAAUCCCAUCUUGCCUGGCAUGGUCUCAACCCAGAGCAAUCCAUGGUGCUGAUUGGCCCUGAUGAGGGUGAAUACGAGAUCUCCACGGAAAAGAUCCUGUCUUACAUUGACCAGCACGCUGAAACUGCAGCUCUCCUUCUUUUGCCAGGAAUCCAAUACUACACUGGACAGCUCUUCGACAUCCAGAAGAUCACGGCAUAUGCACAGUCACGGAAUCUUAUAGUUGGGUGGGAUCUAGCACAUGCGUACGGUAACAUCGAUGUGAAACUGCAUGACUGGAAUGUUGAUUUUGCAGUCUGGUGCACAUAUAAGUACGGUAAUGCCGGCCCGGGGGCAAUAGGAGGUCUUUUCGUGCAUGAAAGACACGGCCGUGUUGAUUAUAGUGAAGGAGAAGAUGCACCGAAGUUCAGACAUCGCCUGACCGGAUGGUAUGGUGGCGAUAGAAGCGUGAGAUUCAAGAUGGACAAUAAGUUCAAGCCGAUCCCUGGAGCAGGGGGUUUCCAGCUUUCGAAUCCGUCAGCUAUUGAUCUUGCAUCUCUCUGCGCCUCUUUGUCUGUUUUUGAUGAGACAUCCAUGGCUGAUCUGCGCAAGAAAUCAAUUAUGCUGACAGCCUAUCUGGAACACCUCUUACUAAAGGAUACCACUGACGAAACACGCCUUUUCAGCAUUAUCACACCAGCAGACCCAAACUCAAGAGGAGCGCAACUCAGUCUCUUACUGAAGCCUGGCUUGUUGCAGGGCGUCGCCCAGAAGUUGCAAGAAGGGGGAAUAGUUUGCGACAAGAGAGAGCCUGGUGUUGUCCGCGUUGCCCCUGCUCCCCUAUAUAACACUUUCACCGACGUAUGGAUGUUCGUGAAUUACUUCAAGGCUGCGCUGGACGAACCCCAGCUGAAGAACUGA